GAGGAGGAGGUCGUCUUUAUUUGCACUUUUCCUUAUCGAAUUCGAUUUCUCCAAAGAUUUCUUUCCCUAAUUAAACGCUAUGUCCUGAGUGCACCGUUUUCCUCUACACAGUAAGUCUGGUGUUAAAAAAUUCUGUUCCCAACGAGUCAACACCAUGAGCCAAAGUUCGGAUCAGGAUCCCGCUGCGGCGCGCAAACCCGGCCCGUUCGAUAAUCUGUCGCGGGACGAAUUGGUCAAGAAAUGCAAAGGUUUGCUGGGAAUAGCGCAAAAAGCAAAACAAGCAAAGGAUGAGUGCCAGGAAGAAAAUCGGCGACUCAAAGAACAACUGGAUCACUAUGAAACGCAGAAAAACGCAGAUAAGGAAUGCAUCAAGGCCAUGCAGGAAGUGGCCGACUCCUAUAUGGAUCAGAAAUUGAUGGCCACAAUGCGAGUUGAUGAGCUGGAGAAACAGUUGGCCAAAACUGCGGCUCAGCUUUCAAGCGAACAAGCAUCGCACGAACAGAUGAAGCAGCAGCUUAUGGCAGAAUUGGAUGAUCUACGGCAGAAACUAGAGCACUCCGAGAAGCAAGAUGCAAAGCCUAGUAGCAAUGAUGAGCUUACCGAACGUUUGAAGGAUUUAGAAGAAGAAAAUAGAAAGUUGGAACAGGAUCUUAUCCGAGCCAAAGCUAGCCCACCGUCCAAAGCAGAUCCCAACGGACGGGAGGAAAAACUGAUUCGCAAAUUAAAGCUGUAUAAGGCGAAGGUACAAGAAAUCAACGCAAAACUGCUUCUCCUCAAAUCGGAUCGCAAAAUACUGCUUAAAACAGUAAAAGAUUACGCCGAACAAGUUCCAAAGUGGCAAAAGGAACUGGCAAAUGCGUCAGAAGUGUUGUUUGAAAAGAUAAGCACGCUCGAGAAGGAGAAAGAUGACCUGAGCGAAACGAACUGCGGCCUACGGGAGGAGAAUGAAGAGUUGCAGCGGCAAUUGAAGGCUUUGAAGUUGGAAGGAGAAUCCACGGAUCAAACCGAUCACAAACUGGCUGAAACCGAAUCCCUCCUGGAAACAUUGCGGUUGGAGGUAGAAAAUUUAAAAUCUGGCAAUGUAACCUUGACGACCGAAAAUCAACGCCUUAUGUCAGAAUCGGAAUCAAAGCAAAGGUUGGACAGUGAAGAAAAGGAAAACCUUCGUAAAGAUCUGGAGGCGUCGAAGGCUGUGAUAAACAAUUUAGAGGAAAAACUAAAUGUUCAAUCGUCAUCACUAUCAGAUACUCACCAGGCGCAUGAAGAGUUAUCUGAGCGUAUAGCCGAGAAUCUGAAAAUGGUGGAAUCCUUGCAAAUAGAAAAGCAAAGUCUGGAAAACCAAGUAACCACACUGACGGAACAACUUCGAAAUCAAUCAGAAGCUGAAGAAACUAUUCAAAACCUACGCAAAUCGUAUGAAGGAGAAAUUGUUAGCUUGAAGCAAGAAUUAGAUAACAGAGAAAAGGAAAGGAAUCAAUUAUCACAGAAGCUUGAAUCAACCGUUGGUACGGAGCAAGAAAAGAAUGGCGAGCUGUUAGCUCGUUAUCAAGAAACCAGUGCUAAACUGCUUGCCAUCGAGCAACAAAAUGAAGUGUACAGUCAACAAAUAGCAGCCCUCCAAGCUACCAACGAGAGUCAAACGUCGCGUUGUGCUGAAGAAACGGUGUCUCGAGAGACGAUGGCAAGAAAGUUAGACGAAAAUCAACAGGUUGUGCAGAAGCUGAUAAUUGAAAACCAGAACCUAGAGGCACAACUGGGACAACUGGCCGAAAAGUUGAAGGGGAGUUUAGAAAAAUUGAAACAGGCGAAUGCCAAAACCGAGCAUUUGGAAGGUGAGCUCAGCUCUUGCCAAAAUUUGCUUGACCAACAAACGGCCGAAAGUCAACGUUUACUCGAUGAAAUGAAUCAAACUAAAGCAAUCGCUACAGAGAGCGUAGACAAGUAUACGCUUCUGAAAACGGAAAAUAGCGAGCUGCUAACGGAGCUCAAGGAGUUGAAUGAAAUCUUGAAGGCACGUGGUGAAGUAAUUAAUCUGCAGUUGUCGAAAAUUACGGAGCUACAGGAUAAAUUGUCGCACGUGGAAUCGACUGACAUGCUUCCGUUGAAGCAAAAGAUUGAGCAGCUUCAGCAAAGUGUUGUUGAAAAAGAGGCUGAACUGGAGCGCCAGCGCGAGGAGCUGGCAACGAUGAAGGAUCGUUCCAAUAUAAGUUUCGACGCGCAGAGUGAUGUAAUGUCCACCUCAACCAUUUCCCGCGUGGAAGACGUUGCACGAAUGCGGGAACUGGAUGAAGGCUUUGAAGAAAAGUAUAUCAAGCUACGCUCGUUGGCUUUGAAGCUAAAAAAGAAGGUAGCUGAACAGACAGUGCUGUUGCAAAAGUACGAGCAAGAAUCUUCAUCUUCCGGAGUCCCUGCAGUAGAAGAGAGCACAGCAUCUCUUGCCACAGCCAACAAGAACAUCCAAACGUUACAAGCCGAAAACGAUCGCUUACAGGAUGAGCUGGAAGUUGUGCGAAAAGAUGCAGAGAAACUGCGGGAAGAGGUUGAGAGUAAAACGAUCGAGAUCGCAACAUUGCAGCAAGUUCAGAAGGAUGUAGAAGGCACGAAGGUAGAUCGUGGCACAUUGGAAACCACCGUGCGAGAAUAUCAGACGCAAAUACAAAAUCUAAAGCGUGAAAAGGACGCUUUCCAGCUAGCGAAGCGUGAAAUCGAUGCAGAAAACCAGCGGCUCAAGGCGAGCUUGAAGAGCAAAGAGAAGGAACUAGUCGAUGAGCAGGAACGACAGAAGGAGCUCCGCAUGGAACUCGAUCGUUCAAAACUGGCCGUGAAAAAGGCGAAUGUGCUGAGCCUCGAAAUGGAAGCGUACGAGCGAUCACUGACCGAGCUGAACAGUAAGCUGGAAGCGAAAAAGACGCUGGUGAAGGAGCUCGAAGGCACGAUCGAUACGCAGGCGGUAACGAUGAAAAGCCUCAAGCAGCAGCUGGUAGUGCUGGAAGAGAGCCUCGAUUCACAGCAAAAGCAUUCGCGGGAACUCAAGCAGGAAGUCGAUGUACAGCAAGGCAAACUACGCCAGAGUGAACAUAAGCGGCUGGAGCUUAUGAAUCAGCUGGAAGAGCUACGCGGCGAACACGAUCAGGCGAAACAACGUGUCGAGAAUAAUCGCGUAGAAUUGGAGCAAGUUGCGGCGGAGAAGGAAAAAGUUUGCGGUACGCUGGAGCAGGAGAAAAACAAUCUCCAAAAACAAACCCUUGCUCUGGAAAGUGAGUUGGUUGAGCUGCGGAAGGAGUUAGCCGAACGGCAUCAGGAAGUCCAGGAUGUGCGGACAGAGUUCGCUAGCUACAAGAUUCGAGCUCAGUCCGUGUUACGACAAAAUCAAAGCAAAGACAGCAGCCGCGAAAAGGAGCUAGAGGAAGAACUGAAUCAAGCCCAGAGAUCACUGGAGAUGAUUGAAAGCAAGCAGCAGCAAUUGGGGCGACAAGUGGCUGAGCUUUCAAAGAGUAACGAGGAGCUGAAGAGUGAAAAAGAGCGAACACAGCAUCGUUGCAAGGAGCUGUUAAAUCUUUUGGAAGAAGCCCGGCUUCAGCACGAAACACUUCUAGAGGAAUCGCGCAAAGCGAGCCUCGAGCAACAAGAAGCUUUAAAAACGCAACGCAUCCAGAACGAAACGUUAGUCCAGUGCUACAAGAAGCAGCUGGAAGAGCUGCGCGAAAGCCAUGGCCGGGAGAUGGAACAGCUGCAAACUACCCUCCGUCUACGGGCGGAAGCCGCCGAUGGAGUGAACACCGUACGUGGACUGCUAAACAAUAACCUUCCGGCUUCUGGUUCGACAUCUUUCUCUGCCACCGCCGGCGCUACUACCAGAGUGGCCGCAUUUACCGAUGAACAACGAAUUAAUCUGCUACUGAUGGAGCGUGAAGAUGGUGAAGGAUCCGAGAGCACCAACCAAAACUCAGCAGCAGGCGUACACACGUUGCGACGGAAGCUGUCCACCGCUUCCAACUCCAGAGGGGCGCGCAAUCGGGACAUCAUUCCGCUGGAAGAUCUGUUGAACAAUUCCUUCGAUGAUUCCGCCUCCGUGGAGAUGGCCAUGGAUGGAGCCGAGACGGAUCAGUCGCUUCACGGUUCUCUUUUCGGCGGUGGUCGAGGACCUUCGCCGACCGUUGAGCUGCAGCAAACGAAGGAACAGCUCACGAAGCAGGAAAGCCGCGUGCGCCAUUUAACGGCGGUGUUGGCCGAAGCGGAACAAGACCUAGCCAAGUUGACGCAACUAAACGAGUUACUAAAGGAGGAGGUACGCCGACAACAGCGGUCCAUCGAGCGUGAAGCACAUGUACACAAUUCGGAGUAUUUAAAAAAUGUGAUAUUUAAGUUUAUAACGCUAAGCAAUGGGGAUGAGCGAUCGAGGUUAGUGCCGGUGCUCAACACAAUACUUAAGUUAAGUCCUGAUGAGACGCAAAAACUGCAGAACGUAGCCAAGGGUUCCGAUACAGCCUCUCGUGGAUGGAGUGGUUUGCUGUGGAAUAGCUAGAGAUACAGUGAACAUCGGUUUAUUCAAGUAUCUCCUUCCGUCUGAAAGCCCUAUUCCUUCCAUUCGACCAUAUUCCUCUAGCUGUAUUUGGAGAAAUCUAUUCUAACACAAUUGUUGUAUUAUUUUAUGUAGCUUCAUUUAGAGUUGUUGCACGGAUGUUGUGAGUUGAACGGUCACAAAAUUAAGCAAUAUCCGAUGUACGAAAUGAUUUCCAAUAUUGGGUUCAUAACGGGCUAAUUAAAGGCUUUAAAUUGCUUUGGGUCACGCAAUACGCUUGUGAAUAUUGUUUUAACAUAAUUAUGUUGCAUGCCUUGGGAUAGAAUAGAGCAAUAAAAGAAUAUAAUUUAAAA